AUGAGUGUGCGCGAGUCACGUUCUCUUCUCCGCAAUGCCCUCGCGGGCGUCGACGCAGCGCGCCGAGCAGAGCUGGUGGAGUGGGCGGAUCAGGGUUCGGGGAACUGGGAAUCGGAUGCGCAAGAUGCGGGCGUGCGUGAAUCAUCGGCAGCGGAAUCCAUGUCGCGAGUUCCGCACGACAUUGGCGUCAGUAGGCUGCGCCCGGCAACAUGCGAAAGCGCCAGUACAAACGACAGGCGGCAGUGGGCGGGAGCGGGGAUAGGAAAGAGCGCAUCCGUGCUUUCCGCGCACGAUGUAACCGCCACGCGGAGCAUGUCUCCUUUGGAUGACUCAGUCCCCUGCAUUGCCCCUCCGCGCUCGCCUGGCGGAACCCGCGGGUUGGGGGAGCGGAGCGUGACUGAGCGGACGUUGCGGGGGAGGGGCAUGGCGGCGGUUGCGCUAAGUAGCAGCAUGCAGCGGUCCGCCACUCUUGCGCGGUAUCUACAAGACCAGGGUUUCCGCGAGCAUGUGCGACAGCGAGUAGGCACGUGGGUGCUGGAGCAAGGCACCGCGCCGUCCGCGACGGCCACGGGGGAUGCGACGACGGCGACGGCGACGGCGACUUUCGGCGAUCUCCGUCGCAAACAGCAUGUCCUCGAUUUGCUGCGAGUUCGCUUGCUGCAGCAGCGGCAGGCGACGAACCGCGGAUGGGAAGAGGAGGCGGAGAGAGGGGAGAUGGACGAGGAGGAAGCGGAGGAAGAGGAAGAGGAAGAGGAGGGGCCGGAGCUUGUGCGAACGAAAACAAUGCGUCGCAGCCUGUCGCUUCCGGAGUCGGAAUUCGACGAAUUGGUGUCGCCUCUAGUCGCACGCGGCGCCGAACCAUCCGCUGGCGGCGGUCUGUACCUCAUCGGUCGGGACGGCAUGGACGGCAGCGGGGCGAGCGGUGGCAGCGGCGGCGGCGGCGGAGCCGUUCCCGAGGUGCGUCUGCUCCGCAGCGCCGUUGGUCAGUCGCUGCUCGUAUCGCGCACGGGUAGGUGGGAGAUUGAACCGCAAUCCACGCUAAGACGCCUCCGCCCACCGCGCAAGGAAUCCCCGCUGCUCUCCGCGGAGCUCGCCGGCCGCGCAGAACCAAGCGCGCGCGCGGACGGCUGGGGAGGGAGGGGAGACGAGGGAAUCGGGGGACGGGUUGAGGCGGGGGAAUGCUGGGAGGGCGCGGGUACCGAAUUUGUAGCGCGUGCGGGGAGCGCGGAAGAGCGGACGGCGGACGUUCAGGGGGCGUCCGCGGAGAGGUUCUUGCGGAGUGCUGGGGGACGUGCAGGAGGUGUUACAGGCGGGGGAAUGGUAGGCGGAACGGGCGGCGGGAUGGGCGGGGGAAUGGGCGGGGAAGACGUUAGGCGGGGAAGGGAGUUCUCACGGGCGUCAGCCAUGGCCCCUGUCUCCCCCAGAGGCUAUACUUCCCUGCGGAAUAGUAUCCCGGGCACCAUGGGCGGCAGACAGGCGGAAGCAGGAUCCAGGGCGGAAGAUUUUGGGCUCUCCGCGGGAUUGGGCGGGCAGGGCGCGCGCCUCCCCGGCAGCAGCGGCGGAAUGGGCACAGUUCCGCUGCUUUCCGCCAUGCCCAAGUCGCUGAGCAUGCCCGUGAGACGCCUGAUGCCUCUGCCCUUCAACCUCAGCCAAGUGGCCGCUGCUGCUGCUGCUGCAGGCGCUGCAACAGGCGUGCAGCAGCAGCAGCCGCAGCCACAACCGCCGCAGCAGCCGCAGCAGCCGCAGCAGCAGCAGCAGCCGCAGCAGCAGGGAGGAUGGCCAGGAGGCGGAGGCGGAGGCGGAGGAGGGGAAGGGAGAGGGGGGGGUGGGGAGAGUGUGUCGGUGAAAAUGGCACAUCCGACCGGUCGCAGCCAAUCGUUCCGCUACAGCUACCGUCCUGAUCAGCAGCAGCCGCACCAGCAGCAGCAGCAGCAGCAGAGCUUCCACAACCAGCGUCCCGAUUUCCCUCACGCCAAUCUGCAGCAACAGCAACAGCAGCAGCUGCAAAUGAGGCAGCAAAUGCAACUGUGGCAGCAGCAGCAGCAGCAGCAGCAGCAUCAGAGGCGCCCCACCCCGCUACCCGGCCCCAUUGCAGGGUCCAUACCAGGCCGCCUGUCUCGCUCCCGCAUGCUCUCCAAAGCCAAGAGCGAGCCCAGGGGAGGCGGCCUUAACGACCUCCCUGUGCCGCUCUACCCCUCCCCUCCCUCUGUCCCCGUGCCCCCUGCUCAUGCCUCUCGCUUCACCUCCUCCCACCUCCUCACGAGCUCGUCUGCUACGUCCGCAGACCCUGCCGAGUGUCUAGUCGUUGGCAGCAGCAGCGCCACCAGCAGCACCAGUAGCAGUAGUAGGAGUACCAGUUUUGGUCUCGGUGCAAGUACGAGCAACCCCCAUGCAGCAGCACUGGGAGGAGGUGACGUGUCUUUUCCGGGUGCUGGCGGUUCUACUCUCACCCGCCGCAAUUCGGGGUUUGUAGUGCCGCGGAUAUUCAUCCCUGGUUCCAACAGCAAUGACGCUGACUGCUCCCCAAGCGACAAGGUCUAUGCUCUCUCCCGCCCCGACCCAACUGCUGCUGCUCCUGCUGCUGCGGCUGCUGGUGGUGCUAUCAUCGGUGUUUCUUCUUCUGCUUCCUCCUCCUCCUCUUUAUCCUCGUCUGCUGCUGCUGCUACUGUGCCUGGACCGGGAAUGGGAGUAGCAGCACGAGCAGCAGCAGCAGCAGCAGCAGCAGGGGCAGGGGCAAAGGCAGGCACACAAACCCGCAGCGGGCCCAGCGCAAGGGGUGGGGCGGCAGGCAUGGUGGCAGGGGGUGUAGGGCCGGCAGCAGAUGGAGCCGCGGGCGUAACAGCAGCAACAGCAGCAGCAGGAGCAGCAGGAGCAGGAGGAGGAACAGCAGGAGGAAAAGGGCGGGCAGGUGCGGGCAGGUCGGUGGAUGGCAAUGGUGCUGCCUUGCGUGCCCUGCGCAAGUCACAGAGUGCCCCUCGCCGCGGGAUGGAUGCAGACGCCGAUGCUGCUGCCCUCCUGCUCGCCUCCUCCGGGAACCUCCCCUGGAACCACAGCCCUCUGGCUUUCAAACCUGCUGCUGCUGGAGAAACAGCAGCGGCAGCAGUGGUACCAGGAGCAGCAGUGCCACCGCGACUUGCUCCACAGGAGCAGAGACAGCAGCAGCAGCAGCAGCAGCAGCAGCAGCAGCAGCAGCAAGACCCACAGCAAGCCCAGCAGCGCAGCCCUUCCCUUCCUCGUCCUCGCCCCGCCCUGCGCAUUUCUGUCCCCUGCCCAGCUUCUGAGCUCCCGCUCUCCGCAACCACAGUGUCAGUUCCCUUUGCCCCGGUGAGAGUAUCUCAGAUGUCACCCAGGCUGCCCUCUGCUGGCCUACCCCCUCUCUCCCCUGGUCCGAACUCUGCCCGACGGUUUGGACUCUUCCAUUCCUUCUCCACUUCCGCUGCUGCCAGAGCUGCCGGUAGCGUUCCUGGUUUCCCUGCUGCUGCUGGUAGUGCCACUGCUUUGGCUGCAGCUACGGGUGGUAGCAGUAGCGCUGCUGCUACUGCUGCUGCGGCUGCUACUGCUGGUGGUGCUAUUGCUCUUGGGGGUACUUCUGCCGUUGCAAGUGGGGGUUGGUCCACAGGAGAACCGGGCCCACCUGGUCCUGCACCAGGACCAUCUGGUGCAGGCACAGGUGCAAUGGGCACGAGGAAGGCAGAAGGAAAGGCGGGUGUGAGGGAGAGGCGUGGGCUCCACAGGGGGGUGUCUGUUGCUGCGUCUCCUUCUGUUUCGUCUGGUACCUUUGUUUCCUCUGCUUCGUCUGCGUCCGUGUCACGCCAUCUGCGGCGCACGGUGACAGAUCCCAUGGAGAGGGGGAGAGGGCAGGUGAGUGUCGUUGCUGCUGCUUCUGCUGCUGCGGGUGGUUCUGCUGGUGGUGCUGCUGCUGCUGCUGCUGCUGCUUCUGCUGCGGGCAGUGCGCGUGAAGUGCAUGUGACCACAGCACAAGCAGCAGCGGCGACGGCAAUGGAUGGGGUUGGAGGCGAGGUGAUGGCAUGGGCGGUUCGUGCGGUGCAGUGCGGUGCUGUUCCUCCUCCUCCUGCUGCUGUUCGCCAGGCUGCAGGCUUGCGGUCAAACAAGUCAAGACGGUCAAGACACUCAAGCAAUGGCCAGCAGCAGCAGCAGCAGCAGCACAGUGGCUGGGCAGAGGCAGGUCCGGCUGCUUCUGCUGUGCCUGGUGCUGCUGCUGCUGGUGCUGGUGCUGGUGCUGCUGCUGCUGCACCAGAGGGGGCGUGGAGAAAGCAAGGCAGGAUCGCAGCAGCGGUGUCGGAAGGUGUGAGUGCGUGGGUGGGGAGUGUAACCGAAGGAAUGGUCACAGGGCAACGGAGAACAAGGGUGCCAGCUCACGCGCGGCUACACGACGACGAAGGGCCGUGUGUGGACGAGUCUGUUCUCAGAGACAUGGACCUUCCUCUCUUCUUCCACUCAGGCCCUCCCCUACAGCACAUGCUCGCCCUUGGCCUGCCUCCUGGUGCUUUCCUGCUGGGUGCCACUGCAUCUGCAGUAACAGAAGGCGCGAGAGGAGGAGGAGGAGGGGGAGGGGAAGGGGGAACUGCAGAGGCAGCGCAAACGGCUUGUACAGGUGACGGUGUUGCCACCACCACCACCACGGCCACCAGCAGCAGGCGUGCAUACGCACAGCGAGUGUUCCGCACGGCCCGCUUCCCUCUCUCGCUCGGCGCAGUCGUGUCAGCUCUAUCUGAGCACAUGGGCUCGCUAGCGCCUCCCGGCUCCUCUCUCGCCCUCACUGCUGCCACUGCCGCCGCCGCUGCCGUUGCAGCUGCUUCUGCUGCGGGAGUGGUUGCCGCACCUUCCUCCUCCCUCUCCCCCGUGCCCGUCGCCUCUCCUUGGAAACCCUCUUCUGUUUCCCAGCUCUCAUUACCUGCCCCUCACCCUCCUCACCCUUCCCAGCCUCCUCAACUGUCCCUGACCACACCGGCUGCUGCUGCUGCUGCUGCUGCCGCUGCUGCUUCUGCUCCAUGGGGAGCAGUCGAGAACUUGUUUUCCCAAGGUGUGCCUCUGCCUGUGCCUGUGCCUGCGCCUGUGCCUGUGCCUAUGCCUAUGCCUGUGCCCGGGCCUCUGCCUGUGAGUCAAAAGUCCACACCCCGUCGCAGCCAACCCCUGGUUCAAGGGAAGCUGAAUGCGGCAUCUCCUGCUGCUGCCACCACCGCCGCGACCACCACCACCGCCACCACCGCCGCCGCCGCCGCCGCCGCCAACGGCAACAGUAACAUCCCACGCGUCAACACCAGCAUCAGCAGCAGCAGGAGCAGCAGCAGCAGCAGUUUGCAAUCCCUCAUCAUGCAACCCCAUCGCCCCCCCUCUCUUGACCCGAAACCCCCUCCUCUUCCCCAAUCCUCCCCCUCCCCACCCCAGCUCACACUCCCCACUCCCUCACUCCUCCUCUCCCCCCCCACUCACCCCACCACCUCCCUCUCCUAUUCGCCGCACCCUCCUCGCGUCCCUCCCCGUCCCACUGUGUCUCUCUCCCCUCGCCGAGCACAUGUGGGCGUGCAUGAGAGAGAGGGGGAGGGCGUGGGGGGGUGGGGAGGAGGGGAGGGGGGGAGAGCAAACCGUGGGCCCAUGAGUGGACUGGGUUUCGAUGGGGUGGAGGUUGGGGGCAAAGAGGCAGUGGUGCGCCUGAAAAGGGGGGCAUCUUCUGAGGGAGGUUCUGCUGCUGCUGCUGCUGCUGCUGCUACUGUUGAUGCGGGUACAGGAGCAGUGAAUGGGAGUGGUAGCUACAGCGGCAGGAGCGCCACCAGUGGUACUGCUGUUGCUGCUGCUGCUGCUGCUGCUGCUGCUUCCGCUUCUCCUGCUGCUGCUACCGGUGGUGUUGGCGGCGCUAGUCGUGGUGCCGGUGCUGGCGUUUCGCUGCUGCCGAGCAACCCUCCAAAUGAGCUUCACCAUCCGUCUCCUCCCUAUCCCCUCAUUCUCCCGCACCCACCUCCUCACAGCAACACGUCCCCUCCUCGUCCCUCUCCCCACACCCGCCUCUCGCACUCCUCCUCCUCCUCCUCCUCCUCCUCCACCUCUCACCACCACCCAAGCAGCACCACCCCUGCUUCUGCCAAUAGUGCUGCUUCCACUAGCCUCCCUUCAAGCAGCAGCAAGGCUGUGGGGAGUACAGCAGGGGAGAGACACCAAGGGUUGGAUAACACUCGUGCUGCUGCCAGGGUUGUGCCCCUCUCCUCUCUCUCCUCUGCUAACGGUGCUCCUCCCUCCACCUCCAAUGGCCCUGUGGUUGGGUCUUCACUUGCCAAUGGUGCUGUGAGGUCUGCUCCAAGUGCUUCGGGUGCUGCAAGUGUUGCAAGUGCUGCGUCAAGUGUAGUAAGUGCAGCUAGUCUAGUGAGUGCCCCAAGCAAGGCACGGCGGGGGUUGGAGCCAGUGGUAGCAAGAACGGGUGGAAGUGUCUCAGGUAGGCACAACCUGCCAUCUGCUGCCGCUUCUGCUGGUUCGGACGGUGCUCAUGCUGCUGCUUCUGCUGCUGGUGUUGGUGGUAGUCAUGGUGUUGGUGAAGCAGCAGCAGCAGCAGCAGCAGCAGCAGCAAACGGUGCGGGAGGGAAUGAUAUGGGAAUUGUGCAGGGUGGCGGUGGUGGUGGCGGUGGUGGUGGUGGCGGCGAUGGUGGUGGUGGUGGGGGUGGUGGUGGUGGGGGUGGAAAUCCCCAGCUGCAAGGAGGGCAACAGGGGGAAGGCUGGAGGGAGAAUAUCAGAGGGAAUGUGCUGAGCCGUGGAAACAAAAUGCAUGGGGGACGGGGGGGAGGGAGAGGAGUGCGAGGAAGGAGAGGAGGACGUGUUGGUGGUAGGGUCACUGCCACAGAGCAAGAGCAGGGGCAUGGCAGUGGCAUACGUGCGAUGGGUGUUGUGGUUGGAAAGGUUUCAGAUGCUGGGGAAGACUAG